AUACUCCAAUGGAAAAGGAAUCAUCCAAUAUCUUUGUUAUAAAGGAACGUAGUAACGGCUUUAUAUUGAUACGAGUGCAACUUAGUUGAUCCUCUGCGAAGCCUUGCUCUGCUUCUCUUCCAUGUCGUUCCCAAGUCUAAAGCUUCCUCCUGCCCGUAAGGUAUGGAAGAGUUUCACUUCUACAAUUGCAAAACUUCGCAAGAUUAACAAAUCCAGAGCCAUAAAAAAACCCAGAAAGCAUACGAAGAGGAGUACCCUUGCUUCAUCUACCAAAAGGCCCUGUAAGUUGUCCUCUAGGCGUCUCAGCCAGAAAAAAUUACGAGGAUUCAGAAGCGUUUUCUAUGGGUUUGGCAAGAAACCUACGCCUGUUUAUAUUGAUAAGCUCUUCAAAGAGCCUAGCUGUGAUAUAGUGAAGCAUGUGAAGCCAGAUAUGGCAGAGAACCCACGAAAACGAAAGGCUUCAAAGCUUGGGGAUGAUACAGGUGAAGAAGCAGGAACAAGCAAUCAAGGUGGUAGAUUUGAUAGAGAUAGAAACAACAAAGCCUGCACGUCAGAUGAUAUGUGGGAGUCUGUGGCGUUAGCGUCACCUCUAAUGGAGGGAAUAAAUGAACGGGCAGAAGAGUUCAUAGCCAGGUUCAAGAAGGAGAUGAUGGCUCAAGAGUUAUUAGCCAGAAAUUUAUAGUACUUCGUGUUGGGCAGUGUUUCUCAUGCUUCUGUUUGAAUUAGCCAUAGAGAUGAUUUUGGUGAAAUUUAUAAAUUUAGUUAAGAGAUCUUGAUUAAUGUGCAUAGAUAAACGAACUAACUGUAUGAUUUGUUUCGUUUGUGUAGAGUCUUGUAUGCCGACUCUCUAAGGACUUUGUUUUUUAUAUUU